AAGGUUCAACUAAACAAGACCCUUGCUCCAUCCCGCAUUACCGGCUAUACCAGAUACCAGCGAUAUUCUGCUGCCUACAUGGGCGUACAUACUUCCUACAAACACUUCCAAGCUUCUAGCUCCUCAAAACAUAAUCGCUCUCUUUAACUUUCUAGACUUGAAAUUGAAAUACAUACUUCAACUAACUACCAUACUUAGACGCUGUCCAUAGCAUAUUCAUAUUUAUAUUCCCAUUCCUUCGUUUCGGGUGCCACGGCCAUUCUACCUAAGCAACACGCAAACUGCAGAAACCGUGAUGACGCAAUUCCAAGCUUCGUGAUUGUUACUCGCCUAUCGUUAGCGAGAUUUAUACCUCGAUUGAAGAACCAAAGUCCAAUACUUGAGUAGUUGUUCGGCCGAAUUGGCCUCGCCGAAAUUUCACAAUGGUCUCACGAAAACCGCUUCCCGACAGUACCUCGGUGAAUACCAAUACCCCUCCCCCCGCCGUUAGUAUACAGGCUGUGAGACAAGAGCUUUGGUCUGCUACCGACUCCGAAUCAGACUCUGAAAGAGUAUGGGGAAGAGAUAGCCCGGCACCGGUACAAUACGGUCGCGGUGAUGUCCGUGACACGAAUGUUGCGGGGAGCGAUAAUACGUUGCAAGAUGUGCCAGUUGCGCUUCGACCUGGCACAAUUUCCAAGACCUCAAGCUUUCAUCGGGAUCAGGACGAAGAGAACCCCUGGGAUGACCGUAAUGGGAAUAACCGCAUAGAAACCGGACCUGUGACCGAACCUGAGCUUAAGUCAGACGAAAUGCCCAAGUCUCUUUGGCCGGGAGGGACACGAUUCGAGACGAACCCUUUCAAACGAAAGCCCGUCCAAGCAGCUUCACCAAGUCAAGGGAGUCAAGACAAUCAAGAGUCCCCUGCCCCUCCUACAAUACCUCCACCUCCUGUCCCAGUCGAUCCAUUCACCCAGUUACAUAUAACAGAGCCUGAAACGAGUACAAACCCAUGGCAGCCUGCCCUCGGUGAAUCUAGGACGUCUAAUAGUCCACAUCCAGCUCCACCCUUGUCCGAUCAGGAAACUAGAAGUAAUGUUUGGGACUCGGGUUUGCCGUCGAGAGUGCCAUCAACAGGUCCAGUUUCGAAUUCUCCAUCCUUGCAACCUUCGCUCACAGAGGGUGAAUCUCAGCCAUGGGGUGAUCCGCCUUCAGGGCCUUCGCUGCAGCAGCCGCCAGAAAGAUCUCAAGGCGCGGAUGAGAUCUUUGACGAUCAAUCUGCCUGGGAUGAUAUUGGAUCUAAUAGCAAGGGCAAGCAACCAGCUGUGCAAGCCACUCAUACCCAAUCUGAGACCGUUGACGGUUGGAAUUUAAUUGAUCAUGAGCCUAUUCCGGAACCUGUCCCAGGAACUUUAUCAAAGCAAAGCACUUGGGAGAACUUUGUGGAUGCAGACGACGAGGCGCCAAAGGAAGUGACUGCGCCAACUGCGCCAACUACAACGGUAGAAGUGCCCCCAGCCUUACCGCCCCGACGACCGUCAAAUGAGAAUCCGCCACAGCAACCAUCGCGGCCUCAACCGCCAAGUGCUACAGGCAAAUCGGAAACUUACCAGAUAAAGAAUAUCAAUUGGUUUGAUCCUAGGGCGGCUAGGAAUCCCCGAAAAUCGCCGAUACUUGUGCAAAACGCCAACGGGCCUUGCCCUCUAGUCGCGCUCGUUAACGCGCUCACACUUACAACGUUGGCCAAUCAACCAAAUACGAAUCUGGUGGAGACGUUGAGAUCUCGCGAACAAAUCAGUUUAAACUUCCUUCUCGAAGCUGUGGUCGAUGAACUUGUGACUCAUCGAUAUACUAACCUAAACGCAUCGUUGCCGGACAUGUCCGAAUUAUACUCUUUUCUGAAGGGUCUUCAUACCGGCAUGAAUGUAAACCCGCUGUAUAUCCCAAGCCCCGAGAGUGUGGCAGCUUACAAGCAAGCGUGCCCGGCAUAUAACCCCUCUUCUGAAAGCCUCAUUCCCGGGACUUUCGAGAAUACACGAGACAUGAAGCUCUAUGCUACGUUUUUGAUCCCCUUGAUCCAUGGCUGGUUACCUCCUAAGGAGGACCCAGCUUACGACUCCUUUGCCAGGCAGGCAACCUCUUACGAUGAUGUACAAAGCAUAUUAUUCCGCGAAGAAGAGCUCGAGGAUAAACUUAGCAACUCGGAGAUGGGUCUCACUGAGCAGGAGCAGCAACUUUACCAAGACAUCAUCAUCAUUAAGUCCUUCCUCAUGUCGUCCGCUACCCAGCUUACCCCAUGGGGUCUCGAGGUCAUCACUAAAGCCGUCCCACCGGGGCACGUGUCUAUCCUGUUUCGUAACGAUCAUUUUUCUACCUUAUAUCGCCAUCCUCAGACACUGAAACUCUUCAGUUUGGUUACAGAUGCCGGCUACUAUACGCACGACGAAGUCGUUUGGGAAUCGCUCGUCGACGUUAGAGGCGAAAGGACUGAGUUUUUCUCCGGCGAUUUCCGUCCAGUUGGUGGCCCGCAGCAUCAGCGGUCUUCUGCGAGCAACUCGAGUCCAUGGCAUUCCGAGGCGGGAUCAAGUAGCAAUGCGCGAGAGGGCGAGUGGCAAACCGUCCAAAACCGACGAUCGCAGAAUAAUAAUCGCAGCAACGAAACAGAUUCUAAUUUGCCAUCAGCCCCGAAACAUGAACAAGAAGAUCGAGAUCUUGCAUUAGCCUUGCAGCUCCAGGAAGAGGAAGAGGAGCGCCAUCGCGCAGAGCAGGCCGCCCGUCGCCGCGAAAGCCAACUCUCGGAACAAUUCAUCGAACAGCAAGGUCGUCAAGGCACUCCAUCUCGCGGUGGUCGCGGCGGCUCCAUCAGUAGAGGUGGUGGGGGUCCUCAGCCACCGGCUAGAGGUAGUUCUGCUAACCAGUCCACGAGCACGUUGGCUAGUCGAGGAAGACCGGCGCAGCAACAACAGGUUAGGUCCUUGAUCCCUCCGGCUUCGACCACGCACAGACCUACAGAUGACAGCGUGGAUGACGCACCGCCGAGCUACGAACAGGCCUCCAAAGCAACUCCGUACGUGCCGCCCGCGGGGCACCCCAGUCAUCCAGAGAGCAGCCCGAGCAGUGCGACACCUAGGAGGAGACCCACCCUCCCUGGACAAAGUAGUGCCGGACCAAGUACGCCAGGGAGAGGGCGCCAGGGGGCGGGACAGCCAGUUCCUGCUGGCGGCCCUUCCUCACAGGCAGGUGGCGGGAGAGAAAAGGAUUGCAUUGUGAUGUGAAACGACUAAAUCAUGACAGGGACCCAUGUAGGUAUUACGACGGAAAGAGGACUCAUGCAUGAGUACUCAAGAUGAUGUUACUUGGUUAUGAGAUCGGCACGGCUUCGUAGGAAUUCUAUGUCACGGGAAUUGUAUUAUUAACAAGGGAUGGGGAUUAGCAAUUAGCAGGCACGGGCAAACUAUGUAGCUGGUGAGCUUUGGCCGGGAAUAUAAAAUAUCCGCGG